UGCAAAGUGAAGCUUGAAGGAGAGCUACAGAGAAACGGAAAUCUAUCCAAACCGUGAGAAUAAAGCUUUCAUUCACCAUGCUCGACCGUCUCGUAGGCCUCAGCAUGCUCAUUGCAGCCACCGCAAUCUUCCUCUACUACACCAUCUGGACCCUAUUCAUGCCCUUCGUCGACGAAGAUCACCCUCUCCACUCUCUCUUCCCUCCGCGUGUCUGGGCCAUCCGCAUCCCCGUCAUCCUCAUAAUACUCGGCACCACAGUCGUCGGCAGCUUCCUCUCCGUCGUCAUGAUACGGAGUAACAGGAAGAAGGCGCUGAAGGCGAAACAGAAGAAGGCGACUUGAAGCCGCCGUUUGCACCAUGUCAAUUUCCGUCAUGCAUGUUCUUCGGCGUUCAUCAGCGAGGGCCUGAGUUCAGUCGAGGGAGGCAGCGCUUUAGGGCACAAAAAUGAAUUCUGGGUUCCUGAGUGAAUUCAACGCAACGACCGAUUCCGCUAAUACCUUUACAAAAGCGAUCGUAACUUCUAGUAUUAUUGUAAUGACGUUACUGCUGUCCACAUGCCUG